AUGCCAGGAGAGUCCCGCAGCCAUUUCAUUCUCACCAGCCAAAAUUGGCCGAAGACAGGAGACCCAGCCACAUACCUAGAUAUACCUUUUGGGAGACCCGGACCAUCAAAGCUAGUUGUAUGGUCAUGCACACAGGAGUUGAGGCCUUCCCUAAAAACUUCCAUGGCUGAGGUUGCUGCUACUCUCUUGGAUGAGUCUUCUGAAGAAGAUGCCGCUGCAGCAGUACCAGCAGCUGUGGUAACACCAUUGCCCAGGAAGCGCCGUAAUAGAGGAUGCCUGGACGCAACACCGCACAAGACUCCACGGCUCUCACCAAGGCUGAAGGAGCUCAAAGCGAAACAGCUCCUUGCAGCAGACCGUGAGGCGCCGUGCCCGGUGCCGGCACCGGUGCCGCCGGCCAGAAGGGCGGCGGCGAACCCGCCGGUGCUGGCACUCAGUGGGGUGCAGCUGCCGGUGGGCGAGCUGCGCCGAGCCAUGGAGGCUGUGAAGGCGCAGGGUGGAGAGGUCACCAAGGCCUGGAGCCCUCAG